UACAAAAAAAAAUAACUGAAAGCAGUGAUGUAAGUACACCAACAUCUAGUUCUUGCACUACUACUACUGCAUCAUUGAAUUCUGUACCUAGUUCUUUGGAAUCUCCACAAGUUUGUCGCCUUAUAAAACGUAAAAGGUGUGCUGUCAUCAGUGAUAGUGAUGAAGAAGGUGAAUCUCCUAAACGACUGAAAGAAGAUCUAUUUCUUCAUGCUACUAAUGGAACUAGCAGUAAUAUAAAUCUUGAACAUAUCACUGACAAGGAUCUAGGCCUUCGCUUCCUUACUGAAAAAUUCCCUGAGCAUGAUGUAAUGGAACUGCAAGACAUAUUAGUAACAUGUGGCUGGAAUGUCAAAAAAGCUCUUUGUGAGCUUACUGGAGAUAAACAUACCCAAAAUGAAAGUUCUCAGAAUGCAGAAGACGUGAGUGGAUCAGCAAUGAAUCGUACAUUAUCAGAAAUGAAGAAAACUAACCACACAGUGAACAAUAAACAGACAUUGAAUAUUCCCUCUUCACGGCAAAAGCUCAGAAGAAUUGUUUAUAAUGAUUCAGAUGAAGAAGAUAAAUGUCUUACAAAGUUACAUCUAACUACUUCUACAAAAAGCUAUAGUAAAAUUAAGCACCGGCCAUGUAGAGGUCAGUUUGUACAAAAACCUUUACAGGAUUUCUUGAAAGCACUGAAAACACAGGCAACUUCAGCUGCACCUGAGCCAACAGUCAAUAAGAAAUCAUGCCUAACUAUAAGUAGCAAUAGUGAAAAGUAUAAACUGAAGGAAGGUAUUGAGAAAGGCAGUGAAGAUCAUCUUCAGCUACCAAAAAAUCCAGAAAUCGUUAAAAAAAUAAACUUGCAUGAACUAAGAAAACAAAAAUUAUUGGAUAGUGCUUCUUCUGUCAACAACCAUGUGGAUGAAGGUGAAACAACUAGUGAUGAGAGAAACAGAAGAAACAUGGGCAAAGCUUCUAAGGCAAAGAAGAGACAAGAUAUUGGAAAUGUGAGCGAUGAAGAGGAAGAUGACUACAAAAAUGAAGAUGUGUAUAACAGUGAAGCCAGUGAUGAUGAUGAUGGUGGUAAUGGGACUUUAACACCAUCUAGAGCCAAUGUACUUGCUUUUUUCCAGACUGCUACUGUUGAAGAGCUUAUCACAGUGCCUAGUUGUAGCAAGAAAAAAGUAGACAGUAUUUUAUCUUGUCGACCUUUUUCUGGCUGGCAAGAUUUGGUGAAGAAAUUUGAACAGUGUAAACAUCUCACACCAGACCUUUUGAAUGGUGCCCAGAAUGUCAUAAACAUGAGGGCUGCCAUCAUCAAACUGAUGCAGUGUUGUCAGCGGAUAUCUGACGACAUGGAGAAAAUAGUGGGCCAGUUAUUGCGUGGAGAUGGUACUGACAUUGAAGGUUAUAUCACUCAACAGCCAGCUUCCUUAACAAAAAAGCUGCACUUGGCUCCUUACCAAAUCUUAGGACUCAACUGGCUGGUACUUAUGCAUAGACAGGAAUUAAAUGGUAUCUUGGGUGAUGAGAUGGGUCUUGGAAAAACUGUACAGGCAAUAUCAUUUUUAACUCAUCUGAAAGAAACUGGUGAAGAUGGCCCUCACUUGAUUGUUGUACCUUCCUCGACUUUAGAUAACUGGCAGCGUGAAUUUCUUACCUGGUCUCCAACACUGAAUGUCCUAUGUUAUCAUGGGUCACAGGAUGAACGCAGGGAACUGAGAUUACAAAUAGCAAAUGAUGAAGUUGAAGAUUUUCACAUCUUAAUCACCACGUACAAUAUGAUCACUAGCAGUGCAGAGGAUAGAGCUAUGUUCAAGAAAAUGGAAUUUUAUUACGUUAUCUUUGAUGAAGCCCACAUGCUUAAAAACAUGAGAUCUCAGAGGUAUCAGCAUCUCAUGAGAGUUAAAGCUAAACGCAGACUUCUGCUAACGGGAACACCACUACAGAAUAACCUGAUUGAGUUGAUGUCUCUACUUAUUUUUGUCAUGCCUAACAUGUUUGAUGGGAAAAUUGACCAAGUAAAACAGAUGUUCACAGCUGUUUGUAAAUCUGAAGAAAACAGGGGUAAGUUUGAAAGGGAACGCAUUGACCAUGCCAAGAGAAUGUUGAAACCAUUUUUAUUAAGAAGGCUGAAAAGUGAGGUACUUCAGCAAUUGCCUACCAAGCAUGAAGAAAUUAUAUAUCGCCCUUUAUCUGAUGUUCAGAAAGACCACUAUAACAGACUUGUGGCAAGGCUUUCUAAAGAAGUGCAGGAAGGAAGGGAUGGAAAUCGGGACAAUGUAAAUAAAUCAAACGCUGGGAUGAUGAUGCAGCUGCGAAAGGCUGCAAAUCAUCCUCUACUCUUUCGAAACCACUAUACUGAUGAAAUAAUACGGAAGAUGGCAAGAGAAAUCAUGAAGGAGCCGACACACAGGGAAGCAAAUGAGGAUCGUGUUGUAGAAGAUAUGCAAGUCAUGUCAGACUUUGAACUUCAUACACUUUGUAAACUAUACAAGAUGUUGUCUUCGUUUAAGCUAAAUCCUGAUAUAAUAUGUGAUUCUGGGAAAUUAAAAUUACUGGAUUCUCUUCUUCCUGAACUACAAGAAAAGGGUAGCAGAGUGCUGAUAUUUAGUCAGUUUACAAUGAUAUUAGAUAUCCUGCAAGAAUACUUAAAGAUCAGAAAUUACAAACACCUGCGGAUGGAUGGCUCAAGUCCCGUUCUAGAAAGACAAGAAUUAAUAGACCAGUUUAAUGAUGAUCCAGAUAUUUUUAUAUUCCUGUUAUCAACUCGUGCUGGUGGCCUAGGUAUAAAUUUGACAGCCGCAAAUGUAGUUCUUCUUCAUGACAUUGAUUUUAAUCCUUACAAUGACAAACAAGCAGAAGACAGGUGUCACCGAGUUGGUCAGGAAAAAGAGGUACGUGUCAUCAGAAUGAUUAGUAAAGACACUAUUGAAGAAGGAAUACUUAGCUGCGCACAUGAAAAACUGAAAUUGGAAAAAGAUAUUACAGCAACAGAUGAUGCUGCUGAACAGGAAGAUACACAUAACCUGGCAAGUCUAUUGAAGAAUGCUUUAGGAUUAUGAGCAAAAAUAAGAAGAAAGAAACACCUCUUCUGCCACAGUUAUUCUGCUGUAGAUUAGAAUCUGUGUGUGUGUGUGUGUGUGUGGGACCAACUGGCUCAUUGUCUUCAUCUUGUUUCACAGCUAAUAUUAUCAUACUGUAAUAAAAUAGACACAAUUACUUUGUAAAUGAUUUCAAGGUUGUACACAUUUGUCUUCAGUUCAACAUUAUCUUUUUGAAUUGCUACAAACAAAAAUGUAAAACUUUCUUAGAUCUGUAAUAAUUAAGGAUUAAAUUAACAGUAUAUUUUGCAAG